AUGCUGCAGAGCCCGGCGUGCCCCCGGCCCGGGCCACCGCCCCCCAAGACCCCGUUCCACAUCGAAGCGCUGCUCGCCCGGGAGCCGCCGCGCCGCGGCCCCGCCGCCCCCGUGAUCGAUAUAGCCAGACCAAAAAUAACCGGUCUGGAGUUGUCUCACUGUGUGGGGACCACCCCGCUGGGUCCUGCUGGGCCCUGGAGGUCGGGGGGGCCCUGCAAGAUGAAGAGAGUGCGCACGGUCUUCAAACCAGAGCAGCUGGAGCGGCUGGAGCAGGAGUUCCUCAAGCAGCAGUACAUGGUGGGCACAGAGAGGGUGGACCUGGCUGCAACUCUGCAUCUCACAGAGACCCAGGUCAAAGUGUGGUUCCAGAACCGGAGGAUCAAGUGGAGGAAGCAGAGCAUGGAGCAGAAGGCGGCAAAGCUGUCCCAGUUCGCGGUGAUCCAGCCUGCGAGCGCCGACUCCACCGACAGCAAGGACCACGAGGAGGACCCCGUGGACGUGGAGCUUUGA